AUGAGCUGUACGGAGACUUUUACAGAGAAAGUUCAGAGGUUGAAGAGUCAGUUGCUGAAAAAGCAUGCGGGCAGCGAUUCAUCACAGAGGGUAAGUCUUCUAAAUAGUCGACAUUUUUCUUCUGCUGCUGCAUUUAUAUUACAACCUGAGAAAACUGAAAAGCAAGUGAAGUUUGCUGCUGAAACAUGAUCUGCCUUUAGAGUCAGAAACUGGAAAAAGAGAAGGGUUGAGUCAAAGGUCUGCAGCUCAGCACACAAGACAUGCACAAGGUUUUAGAUGUUUCUUUUGAUCUUAUUCUGUGUAAAUGUGAAGAUAAUUUAAAAGAAACAACCUAAAACAGAGUUGGAGGACACCAGUGAGUCCAUCAUUUAUCAGACAUGGGAUUUGGAUCUGUAAGUCCAUGUUAUGGUUUAAAAGAUGAAGCGAUUAGAGCAGACUUUGGGUAAAGUUUAGGUCAGGAUAUUUCUCCAACGCAGACAACCAACGCCCUGUAUCGUUCACCUUUUUUGAACUGCCUCAUUUAAAGACCUCACAGCGUUCUUCCACUGAUUUAUCUGCUCUCCUCUAACACCCCCAAAACUUGUGUGUAUUUUGAACUCUCUCAAUCAAAACUUUUCUUCUUUCAGAAGCCCAGUGUCACUUAUCUUUAAUUUUUAAUGCUGCUAACUUAAAAACAGAAGUUUAAGGUCCUGUGAGGACUCUUUAGCAGGUUAAGAAACAGACUGAAAUAAACAUUCUUGCUUCCUAGGGAUCUAAAACAGCAAAAUCCCCCAGUGGAGUUUUAAUUUCACCAGGAAGACCAGCUUUGGGAAACCAGGUUGAUAUCAUAGAAAUGGUUAUGUCCUUUGGCCUCUUGUAUCGUCUUUGAGGGCGUCUUGAUGACUGUCAGCCUGUCUAAUCCUCACAGGGGUCUGGGGGGAUUCCUCUGGCCACAAAGCUGUGUUAUGCUGCAGGUGGGGUCCCAUAUCAGGUUACCACGGUAGCUAUAGGUGUGUCCCUGCAGAUAUUUCUCCUGGAUGUUGUGCCGGUAAGAGUGACAGUCAUCUUGAUGUGAAAGGAUCUGUCAAAGUUGUCUUCCUGGAUUGUGAAAUGAAAGCACCUCAGUUUUCCGCAGAUGGAGCCCUACUACGCCUCAAUGAUUCUGUUUGUGAGUCGGGCCUGGGACGCUGUGACGGACCCUUUGGUGGGAUAUCUGGUGAGCCGCAGUGAGUGGACCCCCAUCGGCAAACUCAUUCCCUGGUUGGUUGGUUGGUUAGUUUGUCUUUCCUGCAUCUAUCCGUCCUCCAGGUGUUUUAUCAAACUGAGUCAAUGUUUGUCUGACAGGUUGGUUCUUUCCACUCCGUUUGCUGUUUUCUCGUAUCUGCUGCUGUGGUUUGUUCCACGAGGCUUCACCUCUCAGGCCCUCAGCGUGCUGUGGUUCCUCGUCGCAGCCUGUCUGUUCGAGACCCUCAUAAGUGUAAGUUAGUGUAAGAGGCACUUAAAGGUACUACUGGUGCUGGAGUACAUCGAGUACUGUGACUCAGUGAUGAUUCACACGACAUACAAGAGAAGAGAAAAAGCAAAAAGCUAAAAAAUCUUCCAUCCAUUUAAAAGUGCAGUGUCCAGUAUUUGGUGUAAAUAAAAUAUUCAUAGAUGUGUUUAAAUACAUGUAUGUUACAGCCGCAGGUGCAUUUCUCCACUUGAGUUUAGAGAAGUGUCUGUGUGUUUGACUGUGAGAGGUUGUUGAUACUGCGGGACUGACUGCUGAUUGGUUAACGGGCCGAGUCAGUAGGACCAAUUACUGAUAAACGCUGGCGGAGACACUUGGGUUCGCCAGGAAAUCUGUGUUGGCAUUCCUGUGUGGAGACUAUUUAAAGAGAUAUUCCGGCGUAAAAUUAAGUUAAGGUCAAACACACCCUAACACCAAGUUAGACACUCCCUCAUGAGAUGAAUGUUGCUGACUGCUUGCUUCUCUAGUUAUAUCAACUUUAGUAACGACCACACAAUAGCAAUACACAGCAGUCUGAGGAGCCACAAACUAACCUCAACCAAAACGCCACUCUAUAGCCACAAAUAAUGUUCAGAACAGCACCUAACUUCAUCAACAGUACAUAUAGGGUCCCAGCCAUACUACUAGCCACCAAACAUCUUUAUAACUUUGUCUAAUUUCUUUGGCAAACUAAACAAACAAACUAGAGACUAAACACAACUCACCUACUCUCUUCCAGCAGCCGCUUGUUUGUAGCGAGAUCUUGGGCCAGUCCAUUACGAACUGCUGCAGGGUGGCGCAGCUCAAGGAAGAACAUUUAUGAUCAUUUCUUCAUGGAAAUGCAAUGAGGCGGAGGCGCAAAGGCAGAAGAAAUACCGUGUCUGCAGUGCAAAAUGAUUCAUAUGAUGAUUAUUACUUCAAGGAAACGAUAAAAAAAUGAUCAUAAAUGUUCUUCCUUGAACUGCGUCACCCCGCUGCAGUCAGUAGGGCAAGGUAGAGUUUCAAUCUAGCCUAUACUGGCAUAUACUGACAGAUAUUUCUAUUUCUACUGUUUCUUUAUGUAUGUUCUAACCAAUUUAUAGAGUUUUUAACUGAUUUAAAAAAAAAGAAAAUUAAUACUGACGUCCCUCUAUGACCAAAUUAAGGCAAAUAAGACCAUAAACAAAUCCAGCAGCCAAAAUGAUUUUUCCACAAAGGCCAUUCAAAUCAGCAUGGACCUGAAGUUUCUCACUGCAGCUUUAAAUUAAAGUACUUUAGAGUAAUGUGUGAGUACUUUCUUUGUUUUAAUAAUCCUCCUGUCAGUGCAGACCUGUAAUUUUUCCUAUUUGUCAUGUAACCAUGGCGGCGCUUCAUACUACUCUCAUGUCUCUGUUAGUGCUCCCAUGCUGCUCCAAGCUGUGUCACCAUGGUUACUGAGUUUCAUAGCACUCAUGUGCCGCCGCUUGGCGUCAUUUUCUCCUCUGUUACUCAUUCACAGUGCUACAACGUCCCCUUCCUCGCUCUUAACAUGUUCCUGGGGGGAGACCACAGAGACAGAGACUCUGCCACAGCCUACAGUAAGGCUGUACCUCUUUCCUCCCAGAUAAGGUCAAGCCCGAUGUGACUGGAUUUUGCUCAUAUCCUCUUCUGUGUUUUCUCAUGCGGUAGGAAUGAGCGUGGAGAUGCUGGCGAUGCUGUUAGCAUCAGUAAUUCAGGGUCAAGUUGUGACUGUGUACAACACAGAGAAGCAGAAGGCCUGUGAGCAUCCAGAUGAAAUCCCUCAAAGCACAUCCUCACCACAAACUGCCUCUCUGAAGGAAACGGUACACACUGCACCUAAAUGACUAAUACAAGGUGUCUUUGGCGGAGAUAACGCUCAUUUUUCUUCAGCAUUACUGCUGCAUUGUGCUGACACAGUCCCAGGGAGAUCGAGUUACCCUGUAAUUUACUGUUCUUAGCUCGACAAAGACAUGGCUGUGUGUUCAUGUGUGUGUGUCACAGAGUGUGUUUAGAGAAUUUCGCUUUAUUUUACACAUCUAGGCUCUGAUUCUCAGCAUUAGCUCUUUGUAUUUAUGAGAAAAACAAACCAAAAUUGCUAUUUCAGAGUUUGUAAUUUUAUGAGGAAAGGUUUUCAAAGAUUAAGACUCUGUUAGAUUUGCUCUUUCUAUGUUUUAGAGUAUUGUUUGGUAUUUAUUUGGUAUUAUAUUUUUUGGUAUGUUCUCUGUCUAUUUAUUUAAAUACUUAAAGUGUUAUCAGUGGUCUUUAAAUAUUAAUUAUGAAGUUUUUAGCCAAAGUCACAUUACCUGUGUCAUUUUCAAGAGCUCCAGUAGCUCAUUAGCCCGUGUCAGAGAAGUGGCAGGUAACAUAGGGGCUGUUCAGCUCUCGUACACUAAUGUCUUUAGGGGCAUGAUGAAAGCUAUUAUCAUAAUUAGCUUUCCUACGAGCAUUGCAAUCCACCACCACACACGCUUGCUCCAUGAUUGUCCCCUUUAAUAAACAGAGGAUUGACUUUAUCUAUGAUGGACAAAAACUUCUAACUCUGUUUUCUUUAGCGUAAAAGUAACUAUUUUGUUUGUAACUGAAUAUAAAAGCUGUGUCAGUUUGUCUGUAACUGUUUCAUGUGUGAAUUUUCACACCAGGAAAAAGCUUUCCUGACCUCGGCGUUGAUAAUGGGCGCUCUGUUCUACCUGAGCAGCCUGGUCCUCUUCCUGGGGGUGAAGGAGCAGCGGGGUGAGUAUAGGCGAGGCUGAAAAUAGCCAGUGUAAUAGCGUUAUGAAAUAUUUCAGUUAUAUGUCGCUGAACUCUUAAUAUAGGAAGAGCUGAUUGGGAUUAUCUCCGCACUUCUUUGACGUUUCAUUUUGCUUUGAUUUUCAGCACCCGCCUGCUCUGAUGACCAAGCGCGACCCCCGUAUCUGACCUCGCUGAAGCUGUUAAUCCAUCAUGUUCCUUACCAGAGACUCGUACUCGGUUUUAUGUUCUGUGCUCUUGCGUUUCAGGUACAGCUGACACAAUGAUGCCAACUUAUAUCCUACUGUCUCUUUGAUGGACUCAGCGUGUUACUGAUACACUAAAGUGAUAACACUUAAGAGGGAGUGAUGUUAUUCUGUAUAUCAGCCUACAGGCCAGUUGCUGAAGACAAUCAGUGUGCUGAAAUGUAGAAUGACAUGUAACUCAAGACCUCUCAGAACUGGACUGUUACUGAGUAGUGGCACCCACAGACCAGCAACUUUUUUUCCAUAGAUAUAUGUAUAAGUAUUAAUUUAUGCCAGCUGAAAUGUCUGGUUGAGAUGGAGUGAUACAUAUUGUAAACAGUCCCACUGAUGUUACUGCUCUACAUUUUUCAGUACUCAUAGAUAUCCUCUUGUUUAAUAAGAACUAACUGUUGUGUAAUGUUCAAAAACUCUUGAGUUAAAAUAUGCAUGCACUUUUUUCUUUCUCUAAUCUACAUGUAAGUCUCAGCUUCUGAAGUAUAUCUUUCCAAAUCGGAAAAAUGUUUUCCAUCUGUUCAUUUUGUAUUUUGCUUUUCAAAAUUUCACAUGGACCUAAUAGUUUUCAAAACAUGAUAUAGUUUUGCUUUUUGUCCCAACUCUCAGAUGUCCUUGGGUAAUUUUGCCCUUUUUUGCAGUCACGCGGCUGGGCUGGGGGCCCAGUUCCAGCACCUCCUACUGGCUCUACUGGUAAGAUGAAAUUCACUAGAAACACUCUGGGCUCAAAGAGAUGUUUGAAAAUGUAACAUUUCAGAAUUAUGGGAGCUGAAAACAGCUGAGAUCACUUUAGUUUGUAGAGCUAAGAAAGGAGCAUUGUUAUCAAGUGAGAUAGUCAGGUGAGGGUGAUGUUCCACCAUGUAAAGGUGUCUGAGCAACUACAGCAACUUAUUAAUGAUCGAUUAAAGGGAUAUUCUGGUGUAAAAUUAAGUUAGGGUCAAACACAUGAAACAUCAUGGAAAUGCAAUCAGACCGAGACACUCAGGCAGAAGAACUACCUCGUCUGCAGUGCAAAAUGAUUGAUAUGGUGAUUAUUACUUCAAGGAAAUGAUCUUAAAUGUUCUUCCUUGAGCUGUGUCACCCCGCUGUAGUCCGUAAUGGACUGGCCGGAGGACUCACUAUAAACAACUGGCAACAUUCAUCUCUUGAAGGGGUGUCUAACUCAGUGUUACAGUGUGCUUGACCCUCUUAAUUUUACGCUGGAAUAUCCCUUUAAGUUGUGACUUUUAUUGCUAAAGUAUGAACCCCACUCUCAAAUCUCCAACAUUAUCCUGUGGCCUGCGAGAGCAAAAGUUGUUUUCCCGUGUCUUGCUUUAUUUUUAAAAACAUGUUUCUCAACCCUUUAAGACUGGGGAUAAAUCUUAAAACUAGAAAGUGCACUUUAUUAUCUCAUAUUAAGAAAAUGAUUUACUCAUGGUAUGCAGGAAAUGGAUUAAAAGUGCGUGUAGAGAUGUUCUCCGCUUCCCUGCAACAGCCCCCUAAUGAAUUUUUCAGGACCCAUUUUGAAUUUCAAAUGAAACGGUCUCAACAUUUUCACAGGCUUCUGCCUCCAUAGCAGUUCCUCUUUGGCAAAUGGUUCUCCUGAGAAUAGGGAAAAAGGUCACAACUUUCAUCGGACUAUCGGUAAGAAAUCCUCGUCCAAUAAUCCGACUGUUUCAAUUACUUUCUGCGCCUUCGACCUCAUUCUCAUCCCAUGAUUCUGCCUCUCCCAGCUCUUCAUCCCAGCCGUGACCAUAGUCGCCUGUGUUCCCAGUAACCUGCCAGUUUUCAUGAUUAUGUGCAUUUUGAUGGGAUUCAGCGUGGGGACUAUAUUCUUGCUACCCUGGUGAGUCAGUUCUCUGUUAGGACACAUAGUUCCUUGUCCACUGGAAGGCCCCUGUCAGAUCUAAUCAGGAUCAGAGCUGAAUGCGGUGCGCAUGAAUCAUUCACACUGCCUCCACCUGACACCGGGCAGAAGACUGUACCAAUGAUCUGAUUUGUUGACUCGUCAUUUUUACCCCCUUAAAGUGACAUGUGUUUUUUUUUUCAUACCUGAUACACCAGCUAAUUCUGCUUCUGCUCCAGGUCGAUGCUUCCAGAUGUGGUGGACGACUUUGCAGAAAAGCAUCCAUCCUGCAGAGACCUGGAGCCUCUGUUUUUCUCUUGUUAUGCGUUCUGCAGUAAGCUGGCAGGAGGCCUGGCUGCUGGGAUCUCAACCAUGACACUACAGUAUGCCCAGUUUUUCUUUCACUCACUUUAUGAGUCCUGCGCUCUCAUCUGUAAGUCUGCCAGAUUCUUAUCUCCGUCUCUGCGCAGGUUUGUAGGCUACAAAGCGAGUGCCUGUCACCAUGGUGAAGAAGUGGUGACAGCUCUGAUAGUGCUUUUCUCCCCGGUUGCCAUCAUACUUCUGCUGAUCGGGAUGGUCUUUUUUUGGUUCUAUCCAAUCAAGGAGAGGCAGCGUUUGCAACCUCAGGAGCAGCCGAGCACAGCCCAGUGAGUGGUGAAGUAUCUUUGCAAGAGAUGAAGCAGACAGGUCAAAGCAAAAGUGAAAACUACCAGCGGAUAAGAUAGAAACAUAAGGAGAGUUAGUGUGUCAGUCUGUCCUCAGCUUCAUGACUCUACUUUACUCUUUGGCUCACUCUCACUGCUGUCAUGGCGAAGAGCUCAGAACACUCACUAAAGACCUCCUAUAAGUACCUGGAAACAAACAAAGAGAGAGAAGCUGGUAGAGAAGAUAAAGAAUAAAGCAGCUGGAGACCACAUAUCCCCCUGAAGAGUUUGAGAUCCAAGCAUGAGCAAAAAGAGAAUGAAUCUUGGACUGUAGGUCAUCAUGCGAUCAGAAAACUGAGUGACACAAAUCAGUGAUAAUGUUACUUUGUUUUGCAGAUUUGUUUUAAAGCUCCAGUGAUGAACUUUUUGGCGCCCCCUGUGGACAGAACAGUCUUCGCUUAGUUUGUCCUCUUCAUGUUUAAAGGGAUAUUCCGGUGUAAAAUUUUUUUUUUUUAAUUUUGACAAUUGAAUCUAUCAACUAUUUGUAAAAAAUAUAUGGAAAAAAGCAGGGCUGUUUUCUCAGUUGCUCGGGUUGAUACCAGUUUUUUUAUGUAAUAAUGAUUUUUUUUCUAUUUUUCAUCUUUAUUCAGACCAGACGCUGCAUUAUCUUCAUCAGGCUCAAGGGAAAUCUCAGAGCAGCCAGCGUCCCUGCAGCAGCAGUCGGAUCCUUCACAGUGCAGCUUCAGUCACAAUAAGAAAUGCUCAGUCAAGUCAUCUGUCUGCUCAAAUGUAUCAAAGAGCCCCUCUACAGAGUUCAGCGGGCCUACAGCUGUUGUCCAGUCGAAUGAAAAUCCUCAAUGUCAGGAGCAGAGACUCAGUCGAACCCAACACUCAGGAGGGGAAAAACUUGUGAGAAAUUCUUUAAAAAUUCACUACUCUGGGUCAAAUGUGAGAUCCAAAGUGACGUGGGUUUAAUCAGAUUUAAUCAAAUGUCUGACUUUUUGGGAGGCACUUUUUUGUGACUGUCUGGCAGAG